GAUAAAAGGAAUUCGGUGCACUGUUAAGAAAACGUUUCAAGAGGACAAUGUGGUGGUCACAGGGGGCUACUACCGUGAGAUCGGGUGGUACAGUGUGGACUGGGUGCUGAUGUACCAGUGCGGAAACCAGCGCUGGGUGGACGGACCGGCACUGCAGAAGUCCAGACACAGCCACUGCUCUGUCGGCGUGGGCAACAGGCUGUAUGUGCUGGGUGGCAGCAUGGACGACGGAGUUGUGGACAAUGUUGAGGUGCUUGUACUGGGGUCGGACGCCUGGGAGGAGGUCAGCCCCAUGGUGUGUGCGGUGGAGAGAGCGGCCGUGGUCACCAUGGGCUCCUGCAUCUACGUGGCUUGUGGACUGGAUGAGAACGGGGAGGUGUACAGUGGGAUUCAGCGCUACCAGAUGAAGACUGACCAAUGGGACGUCGUCUUGCAUUGCCCUCAUCCACGCUAUGACCUUCUGGCGACAGAGCUGAAUGGUGCUCUCUAUCUCUUCGGAGGACAGGCCCUGCGGCUGGACAUAGACACAGAUGAGUGGACCUUACUGGAGGAGGAGUGUCUGGAUAGGAGGUUUUUCACUGGAUGUGCCACGGCCAGUGGGCAAAUCUACCUAUUGGGUGAGCGAAGGCUGAGGAACAUUCCCAACAUGGUUCUCUUUGAUCCAUACAUUGACACUUGUAUUGAGAUAGAUGAUGCAAUACCCUGUCCAGUUCCUGUACACGGAUGUGUCUCCAUCCGUAUGAUAAACUACUAAAACACAAACCCAGAAUAGUUUUUCUGACUUUAGUGGCCUCUGGCAGAUUAUACUCAAAAAUGUUUUUAUCUUGUCAUGUCAUUUUACCACUCCUUUUUUGUACUGCACUGCACCAAGUUUUGGGCACAUAUUAAUGUAAAAAGAUGUCAAGUACUACUCAUACAAAGUUGAUGGUAAGGAUGUUGAAUAAUAUUUAAACCGUUAAUUUUUUGAUUCAUGAUUUGUUUAUUGUUCCAUUUCAUUAUACAUGCAUAAGAAAAGUAAAAUGGUGUGUUAUGACUUCUCCUGCAGCAAUAAAAAAAAAAAUAAGAGUAUAAUAUGUAAGCGCUUGUUGUGGGUGUUGUGCUGAUGCUGUAGUUGAUAUAUCUGUGUAAGUGAUAGUGUUUGUAUGGGGGUGGGUGUUGGCAUGUUUGGUGUUUGUGUGUGAUCACAGACACAUAACAGGCUCUCAUUGUCCAUUGUUCAUUAGCCUUGUUGCUGCUACUGAGCCUGCAGGUCUGGGCCUUCUAUUAAAGUUAAGAAACAGCAUAGCUGUGCAUAUAUAGUAUGACUUUAUUUUGAAUUUAUUUAUUGAGUUUAUUGGUGUUGAUAAUCUACACAUUGUGACAUUAAAUAUGUGUUGUCUUCACAUUGAAAA